AGAGCGUAGAUUUUUCGCAGAUCGUCGUGUGAUUUCGUACUGAACGGUUCUGCUGUCCGGAUUUGAGUUCUGUGUUUUUGGUCCAACAAAGUGUGCCUUUAGUGGAGGCGAAAAUCCAUCGGCAAGAAUGUAUCAUCUUGCGGCAAUCGGACAAAUUUUCACAGCAAUCUGCUGUAUGGCUCUGCUGCCUCAGCUUCUGUAUCGGUCUGUAGCCGACGCACAGAGCCAACCAGGAGAUGAGACAUGCGAAACUCUUCCAUCGGAGAUUCAUCUGAUCAAAGAGGAAUACGAUGAGCUCGGUCGGUUGUUUCGAACCUGCAACGGUGAUGUGACGGUAAACAAGUGCGAAGGCAAGUGCAACAGUCAGGUUCAGCCGUCGGUCAUCACGGCUACCGGAUUUCUGAAAGAGUGCUACUGCUGCCGGGAGACAGUCUUGCGGGAACGUAUGCUACAGUUGAACCACUGCUACGAUCCAGAUGGCGUCCGGAUGACCGAUCACGACUCAGCGACAAUGGAAAUCCGUCUGAAGGAACCGAUCGACUGCAAGUGCUACAAGUGUGGAGAAUACGUUCGCUAAGUGAUGAAUCGCAUAUACUGUGUGUGUACAUACAAAGAUUCUGAUGGAGUUAAGAGACGAAAGAAGCGAGUAGAGGCCCCUUUUUCGUUUUGGUGAUUGUCGUAGUCAGUGCCCGAAAUCGUUAUGCUGCUAGAUUGAACCAUUUUCGUUUUGAACUAUUUAUAGUUUAAGUGCCCUCCCGUAAAACAGUGCUGGAAUAUGUUCUGACUGUCAAAAAUAAAAAUAAAAUUUUGAAGCUGCGUAAAAUUGGUGUUUAACUGAAUUUUCAAAUUUCAGUAUUAAUUUCAAGUGUUUCGGCUUUCUCUUCGAACAUUAAAA